AUGGGGAACGUACCGACUAAACUGGACGAUGGAAGCUAUCAGGGUGACUCAAGGACCAAUACGAGCGUAUCUAGCAGCAGCAACUCGAAUACGAGUGCGGCGUCCUCAGGGAAUAGAUCACGGCAUGCAUCUCUGGUUAAUGCGAUUCUAAAUUCUGGGUCUGGCGGCGCUAUGGGCAGCCCCGGUCACAGCAGGAAUGUAGGCCCAUACGCUCGGAAAAGCACCAGGGAGAGAGAAGAGAUCAAGGAAAGACACGCCAAGAACCUUGUAGUCAAGUACGAUGAAAAUGUGGAUGGUGGUUUUAUGGCACCCUUUGGGUGCUACAGUUUCGAUAAACUAGACUACGAUUCGGGGAUCGUCAGAGGACUGAUUGUGAACAGGAAACUGGCUCCCUUUUACACGCCAUUACAAGAUUUCGACGAUUCCUGGUCAAGAAUGGAAAUAAUAAAGAUAGUAGAUGGACUGCCAUUGCAUGCAUCGUUCAAUGAGAACCCAGAGGAGUUUGAAGACGUACCGAUAGGGAACUUGAGGAAGCCUAAUUUCGACUAUUUGAUCGACAAAUCCUUGCCCAAGAAGGAGAAACGUCGUCUACAUUCUAAGAUUUUUCAAGCCAGAUUAUACAGAAAAAGAAUGCUUUGGCAAGAGAAGGCGAAUGAAACGUUUUUAGAACACAAGAUCGAGGCAAGGAAAAAUACCUCCAAGAACAAAUAUUUGCCCAGCGACGAUUUGAAGUAUGAAUUGUACAAGAACGGAAGUGAAUGUCCAAUUUGUUUUCUUUAUGUUCCUGGACCCCUCAACCUUUCAAAGUGCUGUCAACAGCCAAUUUGCACAGAGUGUUUUGUCCAAAUCAGGAGAGCCGAUCCACACUUCCCUCAUGAGGAGGUGGACCCGACACAACCUGUUACCGAUGAUUCCGAAAAGGAUCCCAAUCUGUUGAUUUCAGAGGCAGCAAAUUGUCCCUAUUGUGCCACUCCUGACUUCUCAAUCACCUAUCAGCCCCCUGAAGGACGGAGGACAGGAUUAGGGGGGGAACCACCAUACAAGUUUACCUCGCAAAGUCAAAGUGCAGUGGAAAACUCUGAAAAGCAUGGUGUCUUAACCAAGGAAUCUCCACUUGUGGAAGGUGAUGACUUGAAACCGGCGAAAAGUGUUCACGUAAUAAUGUCUGACACGAUUCGUCCCAACUGGGAGGUUAGACUGAAUAAGGAACGGAUGAGGUUGGCCAGAAGGUCGGCAAAUGCGACUGCAAUCCAUGUAAGCAAUCGCUUGAUCGACCCAGAUUACAACAAUGAUGGAUCAGGUAACGGGGAUUCUUCCCCUGUCGGCACAAAUACAUCAAACAGGGAUAGGUCCGACGUAACCAUCGAGGAGCUGGAAAAUCAAAUGUUGAACGAAGCAAUUAGGCUUAGUUUGGAGGAUAAGAAACAUUCCUCCUCGCGACAAAGGAAAUAA